CGAGCAGCGCGACAUCAUCAAGGCGCACGAGGCGCACAAGAUGCAGAGCACCCCGCAGGCCCGGCGCAAGGAGUGGGAGAUGGCUCGCUUCGGGGAGGCUGUGGUCGGCAGGCCCGGGUCGGGCGAUGGAGACUCGGAUCAGAGCAGGAACCGGCAAGGAACCCCGGUGCCGGCCUCGGGGCCCUCGGCCGCCUACAAGCAGUCCAAAGCGCAGAGGGCGCGGACUAUGGCUUUGUACAACCCCAUUCCUGUCCGGCAGAACUGUUUCACCGUCAACAGAUCCCUGUUCAUCUUCGGAGAAGAUAACAUUGUCAGGAAAUACGCCAAGAAGCUCAUCGAUUGGCCGCCAUUUGAGUACAUGAUCCUGGCUACCAUCAUUGCCAACUGCAUUGUCUUGGCCCUGGAACAGCAUCUUCCUGAGGAUGACAAGACCCCAAUGUCUCGGAGACUGGAAAAGACAGAACCGUAUUUCAUUGGAAUCUUCUGCUUUGAAGCUGGGAUCAAAAUAGUGGCCCUGGGGUUCAUCUUCCAUAAGGGUUCAUACCUCCGCAAUGGCUGGAAUGUCAUGGACUUCAUUGUGGUUCUCAGCGGCAUCCUGGCCACUGCAGGAACCCACUUCAAUACCCACGUGGACCUGAGGACUCUCCGGGCUGUGCGUGUCCUGAGGCCCUUAAAGCUCGUGUCAGGAAUACCUAGCCUGCAGAUUGUGUUGAAGUCCAUCAUGAAGGCCAUGGUGCCUCUUCUGCAGAUUGGCCUUCUGCUCUUCUUUGCCAUCCUCAUGUUCGCAAUCAUUGGUUUGGAGUUCUAUAGCGGGAAGUUACACCGAGCGUGCUUCAUGAACAAUUCAGGUAUUCUCGAAGGUUUUGAUCCCCCUCAUCCAUGUGGUGUGCAGGGCUGCCCAGCUGGUUAUGAGUGUAAGGACUGGAUCGGCCCCAAUGAUGGGAUCACACAGUUUGAUAACAUCCUUUUUGCUGUGCUGACCGUCUUCCAGUGCAUCACCAUGGAAGGGUGGACCACUGUGCUGUACAAUACCAAUGAUGCCUUAGGAGCCACCUGGAACUGGCUGUACUUCAUUCCGCUCAUCAUCAUUGGAUCCUUCUUUGUUCUCAACCUUGUCCUGGGAGUGCUUUCUGGGGAAUUUGCCAAAGAGAGAGAGAGAGUGGAGAACCGAAGAGCGUUCAUGAAACUGCGACGUCAGCAGCAGAUUGAACGGGAACUGAAUGGCUACCGUGCCUGGAUAGACAAGGCGGAGGAAGUCAUGCUUGCUGAAGAAAAUAAGAAUGCUGGGACUUCAGCCUUGGAAGUGCUUCGAAGGGCAACCAUCAAAAGGAGCCGGACGGAGGCCAUGACCCGAGACUCCAGCGAUGAACACUGCGUUGAUAUCUCUUCUGUGGGCACACCUCUUGCCAGAGCCAGUAUCAAGAGCACAAAGGUAGACGGGGCCUCCUAUUUCCGGCACAAGGAACGGCUUCUGCGCAUCUCUAUCCGCCACAUGGUCAAAUCACAGGUGUUUUACUGGAUCGUCCUGAGCGUUGUGGCUCUCAAUACUGCCUGUGUAGCCAUCGUUCAUCACAACCAGCCCCAGUGGCUCACUCACCUCCUCUACUAUGCAGAGUUUUUGUUUCUGGGGCUCUUUCUGUUGGAGAUGUCUCUGAAGAUGUACGGCAUGGGGCCACGCCUUUAUUUUCACUCUUCAUUCAACUGCUUUGAUUUUGGGGUCACAGUGGGGAGCAUCUUUGAGGUAGUCUGGGCAAUCUUCAGACCUGGUACAUCUUUUGGAAUCAGUGUCUUACGAGCUCUCCGGCUUCUUAGAAUAUUUAAAAUCACCAAGUAUUGGGCAUCUCUCCGGAACUUGGUGGUUUCUUUAAUGAGCUCUAUGAAGUCUAUCAUCAGCUUGCUCUUCCUCCUCUUCCUCUUCAUUGUUGUUUUCGCUCUCCUAGGAAUGCAGCUGUUUGGAGGCAGGUUUAACUUUAAUGAUGGGACUCCUUCUGCUAAUUUUGACACCUUCCCGGCGGCAAUCAUGACUGUGUUCCAGAUCCUGACAGGGGAGGACUGGAAUGAGGUGAUGUACAAUGGAAUCCGCUCCCAGGGUGGGGUCAGCUCAGGCAUGUGGUCUGCCAUCUACUUCAUUGUGCUUACAUUGUUCGGAAACUACACACUUCUAAAUGUAUUCUUGGCCAUUGCUGUGGACAACCUGGCCAAUGCCCAAGAAUUGACCAAGGAUGAGCAGGAGGAAGAAGAGGCCUUCAACCAGAAACAUGCACUGCAGAAGGCCAAAGAGGUCAGCCCGAUGUCCGCUCCCAACAUGCCUUCUAUCGAAAGAGACAGAAGGAGAAGACACCACAUGUCGAUGUGGGAGCCGCGCAGCAGCCACCUGAGGGAGCGCAGGCGCAGGCACCACAUGUCGGUGUGGGAGCAGCGUACCAGCCAGCUGAGGAGACACAUGCAGAUGUCUAGCCAGGAGGCGCUCAACAAAGAAGAAGCUCCUCCCAUGAAUCCCCUCAAUCCCCUCAACCCACUGAGCCCCCUCAACCCGCUCAAUGCCCACCCCAGCCUCUACCGGAGGUCCAGGCCCAUUGAGGGCCUGGCCCUGGGUCUGGGCCUAGAGAAAUGUGAAGAGGAACGCAUCAGCCGUGGUGGUUCCCUCAAGGGGGACAUAGGAAGCCUGACCAGUAACCUGGACAAUCAGAGGAGUCCGUUGUCCUUGGGCAAACGGGAGCCACCAUGGUUGGCCAGACCUUGUCAUGGAAACUGUGAGCCAACCCAGCAGGAGGCUGGAGGGGGAGAGACUGUGGUGACCUUUGAGGACCGGGCCAGGCACAGGCAGAGCCAACGGCGCAGCCGGCACCGUCGUGUCAGGACUGAAGGCAAGGAGUCGGCUUCAGCCUCCCGGAGCCGGUCUGCCAGCCAAGAGCGAAGUCUGGAUGAAGGGGUGUCCACUGAGGGAGAGAGGGAGCAUGAGUCCCGGGGCAGCCAUGCAAGCAAGGAACCAACAAUUCAUGAAGAGGAGAGAGCUCAGGACUUAAGGAGGACCAACAGCCUGAUGGUACCAAAAGGCUCUGGGCUGGCAGGUGCCCUCGAUGAGGCUGAAACGCCUCUAGUCCCUCCCCAUCCUGAGCUGGAAGAAGGGAAUGAUAUGGUGCUGACAGAGCAGGAGCCGGAAGGCAGUGGUGAGCAAGCCCUGCUGGGGGAUGUACAACUGGAUGUGGGCCGGGGCAUCAGCCAGAGUGAACCUGAUCUCUCCUGCAUGACGGCCAAUGCAGACAAGGCCACCACAGAGAGCACCAGCGUCACCGUCGCUAUCCCUGAUGUGGACCCCUUGGUGGAUUCAACAGUGGUGCACAUUAGUAACAAGACUGAUGGAGAAGCCAGUCCCUUGAAAGAGGCAGAGAUCAAAGAGGAGGAGGAGGAGGUAGAAAAGAGGAAGCAGAAGAAGGAGAAGCGUGAGACGGGCAAAGCCAUGGUGCCCCACAGCUCCAUGUUCAUCUUCAGCACCACCAACCCGAUCCGCAGGGCCUGCCAUUACAUUGUGAACCUGCGCUACUUCGAGAUGUGCAUACUCCUGGUGAUCGCAGCCAGCAGCAUCGCCCUGGCAGCAGAGGACCCUGUCCUGACCAACUCGGAGCGCAACAAAGUCCUGAGGUAUUUCGACUAUGUUUUCACGGGCGUGUUCACCUUUGAGAUGGUUAUAAAGAUGAUAGACCAGGGAUUGAUCUUGCAAGAUGGGUCCUACUUCCGAGACCUCUGGAACAUCCUGGACUUUGUGGUGGUGGUCGGCGCCCUGGUGGCCUUUGCUCUAGCGAACGCCUUGGGUACCAACAAGGGACGGGACAUCAAGACUAUCAAGUCUCUGAGGGUACUUCGAGUUCUCCGGCCACUGAAGACCAUCAAGCGCUUGCCCAAGCUCAAGGCUGUGUUCGACUGUGUGGUGACCUCUUUGAAGAAUGUCUUUAACAUACUCAUUGUCUACAAGCUCUUCAUGUUCAUCUUUGCUGUCAUCGCAGUCCAGCUCUUCAAGGGGAAGUUCUUUUACUGCACUGACAGCUCCAAGGACACAGAGAAAGAGUGCAUAGGUAACUAUGUAGACCACGAGAAAAAUAAGAUGGAGGUGAAGGGCCGGGAAUGGAAGCGCCACGAAUUCCACUAUGACAACAUCAUCUGGGCCCUGCUGACCCUCUUCACAGUCUCCACGGGGGAAGGAUGGCCCCAGGUUCUGCAACAUUCUGUAGAUGUGACUGAGGAGGACCGAGGUCCAAGCCGCAGCAACCGCAUGGAGAUGUCCAUCUUCUACGUGGUCUACUUUGUGGUCUUCCCUUUCUUCUUUGUCAAUAUCUUCGUCGCUCUCAUCAUCAUCACCUUCCAAGAGCAAGGGGACAAGAUGAUGGAGGAGUGCAGCCUGGAGAAGAACGAGCGGGCGUGCAUCGACUUUGCCAUCAGUGCCAAACCUCUCACCCGCUACAUGCCGCAGAACAGACACACCUUUCAGUACCGCGUGUGGCACUUUGUGGUUUCUCCAUCUUUUGAGUACACCAUCAUGGCCAUGAUUGCUUUGAACACUGUCGUGCUGAUGAUGAAGUAUUACUCUGCUCCCUGUACCUAUGAACUGGCCCUAAAGUACCUGAACAUUGCCUUCACCAUGGUGUUUUCCCUGGAAUGUGUCCUCAAGGUCAUCGCUUUUGGCUUUUUGAACUAUUUCCGAGACACCUGGAACAUCUUUGACUUCAUCACCGUGAUUGGCAGUAUCACAGAAAUUAUCCUGACAGACAGCAAGCUGGUGAACACCAGUGGCUUCAAUAUGAGCUUUCUGAAGCUCUUCCGAGCCGCGCGCCUCAUCAAGCUUCUGCGCCAAGGCUACACCAUUCGCAUUUUACUGUGGACCUUUGUGCAGUCCUUUAAGGCCCUUCCCUAUGUCUGCCUUCUGAUUGCCAUGCUUUUCUUCAUUUAUGCCAUCAUUGGGAUGCAGGUAUUUGGAAACAUUAAGUUAGAUGAGGAGAGUCACAUCAACCGGCACAACAACUUCCGGAGUUUCUUUGGGUCCCUCAUGCUGCUCUUCAGGAGUGCCACAGGUGAGGCCUGGCAGGAGAUCAUGCUGUCCUGCCUUGGGGAGAAAGGCUGUGAGCCUGACACCACCGCCCCGUCAGGACAGAGUGAAAAUGAGCGCUGUGGCACCGAUCUGGCCUACGUUUACUUUGUCUCCUUCAUCUUCUUCUGCUCCUUCCUGAUGCUCAACCUGUUUGUGGCUGUCAUCAUGGACAACUUUGAGUACCUAACUCGCGACUCCUCCAUCCUGGGGCCUCACCACUUGGAUGAGUUUGUCCGUGUCUGGGCCGAAUAUGACAGAGCUGCAUGUGGCCGCAUCCAUUACACUGAGAUGUAUGAAAUGCUGACUCUCAUGUCACCACCGCUAGGCCUCGGCAAGAGAUGUCCCUCCAAAGUGGCAUAUAAGAGGUUGGUCCUGAUGAAUAUGCCUGUAGCUGAAGACAUGACAGUCCACUUCACCUCCACACUUAUGGCUCUGAUCCGGACAGCUCUGGACAUUAAAAUUGCCAAAGGUGGUGCAGACAGACAGCAGCUAGACUCAGAGCUACAAAAGGAGACCCUGGCCAUUUGGCCUCACCUGUCCCAGAAGAUGCUGGAUCUGCUUGUGCCCAUGCCCAAAGCCUCUGACCUGACAGUGGGCAAAAUAUAUGCAGCAAUGAUGAUCAUGGACUACUAUAAACAGAGUAAGGUGAAGAAGCAGAGGCAGCAGCUGGAAGAACAGAAAAAUGCACCCAUGUUCCAGCGCAUGGAGCCCUCAUCACUGCCUCAGGAGAUCAUUGCUAAUGCUAAAGCCCUGCCUUAUCUCCAACAAGACCCCGUUUCAGGCCUGAGUGGCCGGAGUGGAUACCCUUCAAUGAGUCCACUCUCCCCCCAGGAAAUAUUCCAGUUGGCUUGUAUGGACCCAGCCGAUGAUGGACAGUUCCAAGAACAGCAAUCUCUGGAGCCAGAGGUUAGUGAAUUAAAAAGCGUGCAGUCCUCUAACCAUGGCAUCUACCUUCCUUCGGACACUCAGGAGCAUGCGGGAUCAGGGAGGGCAUCCUCUAUGCCACGUCUGACUAUGGAUCCCCAGGUGGUGACAGACCCUAGCUCCAUGAGACGAUCAUUUUCUACAAUUCGGGAUAAACGUUCAAAUUCCUCAUGGCUGGAGGAAUUCUCCAUGGAACGAAGUAGUGAAAAUACUUACAAGUCACGGCGCCGAAGCUACCACUCCUCCCUGCGGCUGUCAGCCCACCGCCUGAACUCCGACUCUGGCCACAAGUCUGACACCCACCGCUCAGGGGGCAGGGAGCGGGGACGAUCCAAAGAGCGGAAGCACCUUCUCUCUCCUGAUGUCUCCCGCUGCAAUUCUGAGGAACGGGGGACCCAGGCUGAUUGGGAGUCCCCAGAGCGCCGUCAGUCCAGGUCACCCAGUGAGGGCCGGUCACAGACCCCCAACAGACAGGGCACUGGUUCCCUGAGUGAGAGCUCCAUCCCCUCCAUCUCUGACACCAGCACCCCAAGACGAAGUCGUCGCCAGCUUCCACCUGUCCCACCAAAGCCUCGACCCCUCCUCUCCUACAGCUCCCUGAUGCGACAUGCUGGCAGCAUCUCUCCACCUCCAGAGGGAAGCGAAGGAGGGUCCCCACUGGCCUCUCAGGCCCUCGAGAGCAACAGCGCUUGCCUGACGGAGUCUUCCAGCUCCUUGCACCCUCAGCAGGGCCAGCACUCUUCGCCACCGCACUAUAUCUCCGAGCCCUACCUGGCCCUGCAUGAAGACUCCCACGCCUCGGACUGCGGCGAGGAGGAGACGCUCACCUUCGAGGCAGCCGUGGCUACUAGCCUGGGCCGGUCCAACACCAUUGGCUCCGCCCCACCUCUACGGCACAGCUGGCAGAUGCCCAAUGGGCACUAUCGGCGACGGAGGCGUGGGGGACCGGGGCCUGGCAUGAUGUGUGGAGCUGUCAGUGACCUCCUGAGUGACACGGAAGAAGAUGACAAGUGCUAGAGGCUGCUCCCCCCUCCGAUGCAUGCUCUUCUCUCACGGGGAGAAAACCAAGACCAAAUUGGGAAGCCAGUGCGGCCCGGGGGGGAGGAAGAGGGAGAAGGAAGGCUGAAGGAUGCCAUGCGUUAUCAGAGAAGAGGAAGUAAAAGACAGAUGGAAAAACAAGUCAAAUCCACCAAAUUGCUUUAUUUCCCUUUGCAAGAUGGGCACUGCCAUAGUUCUGCCUCUUUGCUGGGGAAAGAGAUUACAGGAAUAUGGAGGGUUAUUCCCAGGGGAGAAGGGACCUGGAGGGUGGCUUAGCUUCCCUUGCCCUUUCCCAGUUUUCUGUAAGCUGCCAAGGGAUCUGGCUGUCCUGUGUCUAAGCUCAUGGCCCGUAACAGCCUGGGAGGCAUCCUGGCACUUAACUGGGGAGUAGUAGAGAUGAAAGGAGAAGCAUCUCCUCUUCACCGUCUCUUGUGUCCCAGCAGGAACCGCUGCCACCUGCCACUGGGGCAACUGCAGGAGCAUCUCACGCUUCAGAGAAGCGCAAGUUAUAAGUCAGGAGGAUGGAAUCCCAAAGGGUCGAGGCAAGGGGCGGGCUAGGGAGAGGAGGGCCAGAGUGGAAGGAGCCAGGGUGCUGUGACAACAGCAGCAAGGGCUGGUCUGGGUGAGAAAAGCCAUAGCCCAGAAGCCCAUUCCAUGGAGGUGAGGGCCAAAGAAACCGACCUGGAGGUGCUGGUGGGUACAGUCCUUAGACCCUGAGGUCUGUCACCCACAGAGUAGGUGCUGUGGAAGAUAGGAUAGGUAAGGAGUUCCCCCAGGGUCCACAAAGGUGCCUGUAGCUCUAGAAAGGGUCAUAUCCACCCCCGUGGGGCUAGAGCACCAAUCCCAAUAGGGUUCAGUUUGGGAAACCCAUGCAAAGCUCCCAGCCUUGGCCCCUUUAGAUACUGGUUAGAGUGGAGGGGUUAGACCUCAGGGACCCAAGGCAGAUUCAGCUUUCCAACCAACGUAGCAGGAACAGCUUUGGCUGCAGUACUGUGACCACAGCCAUGGUCAGGCAGUGAGUGUAUCGUGGCUGAAGAUCAGCCGCUCUGGGCUUGGAAGAAGCUGGCCUCUUUGUGAAGCAGCAAAACUAGUGCUGAGCCAAGCCCAGCAAAGGUCAUAUGCCAGCAGCUAAACCUUUCCUGCCACUCCCCCAGGAGGGCAGAGCAAGCAUCCAUGGGGGCCACCCAUGCAGGCUAGUGACAUUUAUAAACAUGGGAAAGACCAGUUGGCUGGACACAAAUCUUCCCUGAGGGAGUUGGGUUAGGGUUACUCAGGACUCCCUGUGAAGAAGGGCCACUGGGCCUGAAGCCUUUACGGCUGGCUUGGGGUUGGGGGAUCAAUUAAUCAGGAUGCUUUAAAGAUGAUUAGUUUCUAUACCUCAGCUCCAACCUGGCCUACUCCUAGCAAAGUCGGCUCUGAUGGGGCCUUACUUGCCCUGAAUGCUGUGUAGUCUGGGACUAGGCUCCAAGAGUAAAAGUUGGGCAAAAGAUAGCCUCAAGCUACAAGUUCUUUUCCUAAUCUGAUCCCCCACUGAAGAGAAGCACUGAUAAAAAGAGGGCUCUUCCUCAAGGAGUCAGGUUGCUGCAAGACAUAGUAGGCCGCUCCUUUCUGCAGAAUGCAUUCCCAUCUUGAUCUGGUGAACAUGAAUGGCCCUCUCAAACCUCUCCUUAGUCCCAUCACAAGAGGUAAACUGAUUCCCUGAAAGGGGUAUCAGGUAGGGCUGCCCUCUCUCAGACUGUACAGGACCCUCCCUAGAAAAACCUGAGGACUGCCCUGAGAGCUGAGUGAAUAAACACUGCUCUCCUCCAGCCUGAGCACAGUCCUCUGGGGCUCUGCAGGAGCAGGAUUUUUUUUUUUUUUUUUUUUUUUGCCCCACUCCUUCCACCCCUGGGGUUGACACAAAACUAAGGCAUGGCAACAUCAGCUCCAAAAAGCCAGAUUCAACCAGAUGGCUGGAGAGCCCUGUGUUAGGGACUUCUCUGCUAGAUACCGAUGGAGCUUUAUGGCCCACAGCCUCAAGCAAAGCAGUCCCAGGACAAGCGGCCAACGAGGCAGACCCUGUUCCACCCUCGUGUUCCUCUCCCACAUGUGCUCGGGGCUGGCUGGGAACGUGAGCGUGGCCCUGACAGGGGUGAUGGUUACGUAAGACGGAUGCUGGGCCUUGCAUUGCGUCUAAGGUUUUCUCUGCUCAGCCUCAUUCCAUGCCCAAGUGCUGCUGUGGGCUGCUUUCUGUGUGCUGUGUUGCUUCCCUCCCCUCAUGUGUGAGGCUUUCCUUAGGGGGAGACAUGUAACUUGAUGACCACUCUAAGCCAGCAAGUCCAUUGGAUGGCGAUUUGAGAAAGCCAACUGCAGUGAUAUUUCAUGCCAGCCUAACCAUGGGAGAACAAUGGGCUUGCUGAAUAAUUACCAGGGAUGGAUUUUGCCCGCAACCAAUAGUAUGAACACCAACCUGACUGUGCCAGAAACCUUCCUGCACACCUGAGCUCCCUGAACACUCAUACACGUUCACUCCUCCACACACACCACCCAACACACACUGAAUAAACACUGUCGAGUUGUAAAUCGCUACAUACAGAUGCGGUCCCUUGACCGGCCACCUGUUUUUUUCUAAUGCUGAUGAAAUUAUGAACACAGUUCUUUACUCAGCUUCCCCUGAACAAGAAAUCUGGUUUCUUUUUCCUUAACCUGCACUUACCUUUCUUUGAAGAGAAUAAAGCAAUUUUCUGUUAACUUGAAA